CUCAAUCUUCGUGCUCUACAUGCUUCUGUGUUGAAGAUGGUUGUUUUCAUUCAAAAUGGCCUUCUUUUCCUGUAUAGUGCUGUCUAAAUGAAGUAUAUUAUAAGUAUAAUUGUGUAGCACUGCAAUCGAGGGGAGCCGUUUGUCGUAAAACAGAGGUUUGCAAUCAUUUCAUACAAAAUGUCGUCUCCUGCCAGUGACAAACAGUCCAAAGGGAAGAGCAGAAAAGCCCACUCAUCCAAGAGCUCUAAAUCUACUAAAGGCGCAAAGGAAGGGGAUGUUAUAGUAGACAAAUUUCGAGGUGAUGGUGUCAACUUCAAAUGCAAAUUGCUUGGCGUAGCAGAAGUAGAUGGUCCUCGAGGGGACAGUAUGUGUGUAGAAGCAAUCAAGAAACUCAAGGCUCAUCAAAGACAAAGUGGUGAACACAAAAUGAAGAUUAUUUUAAAUGUGUCUCUUAUGGGGAUAAGAAUAUUGGAGGAAAAAACAAAAAACAUCAUGUUUGAACAUCCAGUUAACAAGGUGUCAUUCAUCACCCAUGAUCCAGAAGACAAAAAAAUAUUUAGUUUCAUCAGCAGUGCCAAGUGUUCAGCUGGUAGUGUUGGUCACAUGAUGUAUGCCAUCAAAUAUGAUAAAGUGGCUGGCAUCAUAACGUCAACAUUGUAUGACCUAUUUCAAGCUGUUUUCAAGCUAAGACAAGAAGCUGCUUUAAAACAACGGAAGGCACAACAGGGACCCCAACCCCUACCACAGAAUAGUCAUGUCCCUGCAAACAAUGCUACACUGUCAAAUGGACCCAGUGAAACAAUUAACAUGGAAGACACUAACAUUUAUGAGGAACCAUCUUCAACUGUUACUAAACAAGAGGAUGAGACACACUAUAAGGUUCCAACUCCGAGACCUUUGCCUCCAGCUCCCUACUCUUCAGCAUCAUCUCAAGGAAAAACCAUAGAAAAUAGUGGAGACUCGAUAUCCAAUCAGGAUCACGGGGCAACUUCUGAGAAUUUCUUUAGCACAACAGUGUUUUCAUCUACAGAUCACCAAGACAAUGUAUCAGAGUCAUCAGUUGAUGUCACUCGUAAAGGGUCAAUAUCAUCAUCAAUUUCAUCCACUUCAGAAACUGCWUCGUUUGAUUCCAGGAGUUUAGAGUUAAAAUCAGGUGCAGCUUCUACUACCCCACCAGCUGCCCCUCGAGCAAGGACUGCUGCGCCAAGUACUCCUUCUGGGCAAGCUUUAGGUAGUCACCCUCCCACAGUGCAUGCAUCAGUUGGACAGGCUCCUGCCUCGUCUGAAAUAAAAUCAACCACACAAGACGAGGACCCAGACUAUGAAACAAUUGAGUCUACAGAUUAUGAAACUAUUCCUUCAGACCUGCUGACAAAAACAGAAAAAACUAACACAAAGGUCAAUUUCGGGGAGUUCAGUUUUAAGGAAUCAUUUGGUGAGGAUGAAUCAUUUCCUUUUGAAGCAGAAAAGAAAAGCAAUAAUGAGGUUAACCCAUUUGGUUCUGAGCCAUCACUGAAAAAAUCUGAAGGAAGUCCACCAUCUUCUGCAGUUUUUGGUAAUGAUGAUGAUUUCUUUUCAAGUAAUUUUGAUGAUAAAACUGCUAGUGCUCCAAUUACUGAUUUUCCAGUAGAUGAUCCGUUUGCUCCUACGCUCAGUACCGCUGCCCAAGAAUCGCAGACAACAGAUGCUUUUGCUUCUAGUGAUGCGUUUGAGUCAGCAUUUGGCGGAGAUAAAAUGUCUCCAUUUGAUCCAAAGGAAAACACUGAGAAAACUAAAGAGGAUAUUAACAAUCACACAAACCAUAAUCCCUUGGAUUCUAGCAUUGCAUUUGAUUCGUCCUUCAGUACAACUGCAAUGUCAUCUCGUGAAUCCAAACCAACAGAAGACAUAUCAAUUAAGCAAGACUCUUCAAAUGGUACUAAGAAAGAUUUGUCAUGGAGCAAUGCAUUUGGAGACGAUAACAAAAAAGAACUUGGUGACAAUGAUAAGAAAGCURAUUCGUCUUGGAGUACAGUAUUUGAAGACAGUGAACCUAAUAAGAAAGAUGAUGAGCCUACAAAGACAGACAAAAAAGAAGUGUCUUUCUCUUUUGAUGACUCGUUUGGAGCAAAGUUUGAUGUAGAAGAGCAAGAUCGAAAUCAAAAGCCAGAUGACACAGCAGCAGAGCCUGAUUUCUCUUGGACUAAUGCCUUCAAAGACCAGUCUCAAAAGGAAGUCACUUUUUCGUGGGAUGAUGCAUUUGGUGGACAUGUGGACAGCAAAAAUGGCGAUCUUGACAGUAAAGACGGACAGACAGACAAUAUUAAUGAAGAUGCCUUUACCGAUGCUUUUUCAUCAACCCCAUUUAAACCUCCCCAACCAAAAAAUGACUCUGGUGUUAAGAGCAAUGGUACCUUCACUGUGGCCAAUUUUGAUGAUAUAUUGAGUCCAAUGAAACCAAAUCCUCCAACAAAUGAAACAGAUGAAAACACCAAUAAUAAAACAAAUGACGUUUUMUCAGCGUCCAAUUUUAGUAAUUCCAACACUCUUCAAUCGGACAAAUCUACAAAUGUGAAAGAAAAGAAUGAACUCGGUAURAACAUUAGCAGUAAUUUCCCAAUGGCUGAUUUUGGUGAUAUUUUGAGUCCUGAGAAGGCAAAUGAUGGUGAAAUUAAAGCAAAGGAAGAAACUAAAGAAGAGGAAUCAGCYAUCAAUGAGGAAGAGAUUGAAUCAGWACAGUCAAGUGAACCGGGAAUUAAUGUAGCAAAACCAAAGCUUGCAGAUAUUGAAGAUUUAGAGAGUGACACGACUGUUGACCAGGAAAAUACAGAGCUAGCCAAAGAACCAAACAAGGGUGUUUGUAGUUCUAUACCACAGAUAAUAGAACCUCMCAAAGAAGAUGCAAGAGAUGCUGAAGGUGAACCUUUUAGGCCAGUUACUUUACCAAUAUUACCUAGCAAAACAACUGGAGGGAAAGAGUCUCCAACAGCUCCUCCACCACUUCCUCCUAGACCAACUAUGGCUCCCUUGCCUUCACUUCCACCCAGACCAAGGACUCARUCUAGUCCGCUGGUGGGACAAAUACCUCCAACACCACCACGCGCUGUGGGGUCUACAGGCACUCCUACAGCAAAGACUGGGACACCAAAACGUGCUCCUCCAGCUCCUCCGCCGAGGAUUGACCUUGAAGGUGGAAAGGUUGAAGCACAUUCUACAUCAGCAAAGAAUGCAAUCGYUGAUCCAUUCAUUUUUUCUGAAAACUCUUGGCAAGCAGACUGGACUAGCAGUACAUCUCAAAACAUAAAGAAAGAAAAUGACUCAAAUUCUAAGAAAUCUGAUCCAUUCGGUGAUGCCUUUUUUACUGACUUCAAUUCUAUURCUGUAUCUGAAAGUGAUGAACAUAAAAUCGAUUCUGGUAAUCAUAACAAUGCUGACUUAUUCUCAGACCCCUUUGCAACCAAAGCAGGGUCUGAAGACAUCUUUAAGACAGAUUUUGGUGGAGUUGAUCCCUUUGCCGAUUUUACAACAAAUAAAAGUACUGUUGAUCCGUUUGCCUCUGAUGGCAAAGAUGUGUUCUCCGGGUUCUCCACCACGGAUGAUCCAUUUUUGGAUUCUGUGGAUCCAUUUGCUGACAAAGGAAGUCUGAAUAACGAUCCAUUUGCUGUUAGCCCUAAAAGGGAUGGCAAGGAAGGAAAAAUGGCGUUAAACUUAACUAAGGUGAGCGUUUUAGGAUAUAACACSGGGAACAUAGGGAAUGUGCGAGAUACACAAAGAAAACCACGAUUUGUUUUAAAGUCUAUUUCACACUUUUAAAUUUCUGUGAUCUUUGGGGAAAAGCUCUUCUUAGACUCGUUCAGUCACUGGAUGGUUUGUGUAUUAAGCUCCUCCCCAAUUUCCAGAAAAACCCAAAUCCCAACACUUUCAUUUGAUUUUCAAAGACAAGAUGCUACGGUUUCUGUUGUGUUAACUCACGCUUAUUCAUACAGUCAAUCAUUUAACGUUUUUCAGUUGUAAAGACAAAAACACAACAACAACGUCAUUUGCAUGUAUCAAAACUUUGUCAAUAACAUUUGAUGGACGCUAUCUGUAUGGUAAUUUUCAAAACUUUUUUGUGCUUAUGACUUUGUUUUGUUGACUUUGUUUUUGUCUUUACAACUGAUGGGGCUGGCUGUAUGAUCAUUUAAAAAGGAAAAAAAAAAAAAAAAAA